AUGGUCAUAAAUCUUUGCCUCCCACAGUUCAGACCAAGAAUUUACUGCAACAAGAUAUCAGCUGAUGGUUAUGAAGUAGAAAAUCUCAUCUCUGAAGACCUGACAAAGAGAAGUCAUGGUUUUAGGACAGAGUAUUUCAUUAAGCCACCAGUCUACGUGAUAGUUUCCUUUCCCUUCAGUGUGGAAAUCUGUAGGAUUAACAUAGACCUCACAGCUGGGGGAGGCCAGAAUGUCACCGGCCUGGAAAUGUACACAUCUGCCUUAUCCAGCAGAGCAUCUUGGAAUGCCCCCGAGUGUCGGACCCCGGGCCCCGCCGAGCCGUCCAUCCCAGACAAGGAGGCGUUCACCUUAGUAGGCAAAGUCUUAUUGAAAAACCAGAGCCAAGUGGUGUUUAGUCACAGGGGCUUCAAGGCCAGGCCACCUUUUGGCCCAAUGGACGCCACACUCCCCUCUCCUGCUGUUGUGGCACAGGAGCUCUGGAAUAAAGGGGCUCUUUCCCUUAGCCAUGUGGUCCAUCUCAAGAUCUGUAUCACCCACGUGACAGGCAGCGGUAUCCCUUGCAUCAAGCGAUUGGAAGUGUGGGGUCAGCCAGCUAAAACCUGCUCUCAGGAGGUGAUAGACAGUGUCCUGCUGGUUGCCUCAGAGAGCCUCCCUCAGGACUUGACUCUGCAGGCCCCAGCCUUGCCCAUGGAGAGUGACUGUGAUCCCGGAAGCCUGUCUGAGGGCCAGCAGGCCCCCUCCAGCCUGCAGGAGCUAGCCGAGGUGAUUCAGGAUGUGCCUGAGGAGUUCCUGGAUCCCAUCACCCUGGAGAUCAUGCCUUGCCCCAUGCUGCUGCCUUCAGGCAAGGUCAUCGACCAGAGCACGCUGGAAAAGUGUAACCGCAGCGAAGCCGCCUGGGGCCGAGUGCCCAGUGACCCUUUCACGGGGGUAGCCUUUACUCCACACUCCCAGCCCCUGCCUCACCCCUCCCUGAAGGCCCGGAUCGACCAUUUCCUGCUCCAGCACUCCAUUCCGGGCUGCCAUCUGCUUGGGAGAGCACAGACUGCAUUGGCAGUGACACCUUCUUCCAUUGCUCUGCCCUCUCGGAAAAGGAAGAUGGAGCAGACUGAAUAUGCCCCGGACAGUAGCCUUGGGGCAAACGCUUCCUGUUUUUCUACCACAAGCCUUCUGGUCUCACCCACUACCUCAGAGCACACCGCUAAGAAAAUGAAAGCUGCCAGUGAACUUGGGCUGACACAUAUGGACUGCUCAACAGGUCCCGUGUCCCAUGAGCAGAAGCUGUCACAGAGCUUGGAAGUUGCCUUGACAUCGACUCUUGGCUCCAUGCCCUCCUUCACGGCUCGGCUGACCCGGGGACAGCUCCAACAGCUCGGCACAAGAGAGAGCAGCGCCUCCUGGAGGCCAGGCGCCGCCUCGGAGCAGCCUGGGAGCAUCCCGGGGCCCGAGUGUGCCUCCUGCAAAAGAGCGUUUUCUCCCUACUUCAAAAAGGAGCCUGUGUACCAGCUCCCCUGUGGCCACCUCCUAUGCCGGCCCUGCCUGGGUGAGAAGCAGCGCUCCCUGCCCAUGACGUGCACAGCCUGCCAGAGGCCAUUUGCCAGCCAGGACGUGCUGCGUGUCCACUUCUGA